AUGGGAGCUGGAGAGGACGGAAACAGAGAAGGCCUGGGGCAGAGAGCAUGCUGGGUAAUGUGGGUGGAUGUCCACAGGAGAAGAAGCACAAUGGAGGGAAAAGGCCUCCAGCUCCCCCCGGUGGCCAGACAGGGUACUGCAUCCCGCUUCUCCUCCCAGAAUCACCCUCUUCCCACAUCCCACAUCCCAGAGCUCGCAGUGGGAGGGAUGCUGCGCUCGUGGAGAGGGAGACGAGCCCUGGCAACCGGCGAGCACCGCCGCGUCGCCACGGCAACCGGUUUCUACUCAGGUUUGCGCUCUGAGGUGAGGCUGGCCGGGAAACACCAGAGAGGCCUGCUGUUAUCGGCUCUGAACAGUUACUCCACGCGUGCAGAGGCGGCCGGGCGCGUGAGCAGCACUCCGCACGUCAGGGGGAAUCAUCGCACCCGGCUCUCCUCCUGCUCCUGCUCCUCCUCCUCUUCCUCCUCUUCCUCCUCCUCCUCCUCCUCCUCCUCCUCUUCCUCCUCCGCUCCUCGCUCUGGUUCUGACCUCGAGCCGGCACGGGGGCACUUAUGCGCGCGCGUGCGGAGCAGCGGCGGCCGGAGGAGACGCGCUCGUGACCCGGAACGCGCUCCAUCUCCUCUCCCGGUCCCCCCCCCCCCCCCCCGGUUCCCCCCCGGUCCCCCAGUCUUCAGCGCCCCGGGAGCAUGCUGCGCGGUUGAUGGCUGCGGGAUGGAGAUAGCCUUGGUGAGUUUUGAGAACGGCGGCGCCAAAGGGAGCGGUGGGGGGGGCGGCAAUGCCGAGGAGGGCUCGUGCCGGAACGCGCUGGACGUCCCCGCGCCGGGGCUCGUGCAGCCCGUGGCCGGGGAGGAGCGCGCGAAGGAGCUGAACGUGCGGCGGGGCUCGCAGCUGCUGCGCAGCCCCUGGAGGAUCAACGACAUGAACAGCUCCCUGGGCUGCGCCGAGACCGCCAUGGACGCGCUUUUGCGCGCGGACCACAGCCCGCACCUGUUCGACGACGACCUGCUGGACAUGGACGUGGACGCGGAGAGCAGCGAGCGCGUGCUCAUCAACAUCGCGGGGCUCCGGUACGAGACCCAGCUGGGCACGCUGAACCAGUUCCCCGACACGCUGCUGGGGGACCCGGCCAAGAGGAUCAAGUACUUCGACCCGCUCCGGAACGAGUACUUCUUCGACCGGAACCGGCCCAGCUUCGACGGGAUCCUGUACUUCUACCAGUCCGGGGGCAAGAUCCGGAGGCCCGUCAACGUGUCCAUCGACGUGUUCGCGGACGAGAUCCGCUUCUACCAGCUGGGCGAGGAGGCCAUGGAGCGCUUCCGCGAGGACGAGGGCUUCAUCAAGGAGGAGGAGAAGCCUCUGCCCCAGAACGAGUUCCAGAAGCAGGUCUGGCUCAUCUUCGAGUACCCGGAGAGCUCCAGCCCGGCGCGGGGCAUCGCCAUAGUCUCCGUGAUCGUCAUCACCAUCUCCAUCAUCACCUUCUGCCUGGAGACGCUCCCGGAGUUCCGGGACGAGCGCGAGCUCCCCGUGAGCGGUCGCCCGGACAACGGCACAGCCCCCCGGCCCUCGCUCACCUUCACGGACCCCUUCUUCAUCGUGGAGACCACCUGCGUGAUCUGGUUCACCUUCGAGCUCAUCGUGCGCUUCUUCGCCUGCCCCAGCAAGUCCGAGUUCUCCAAGACCGUCAUGAACAUCAUCGACAUCAUGUCCAUCAUGCCUUACUUCAUCACCGUGGGAACCGAGCUGGCCGAGCAGCAGGGCCAGGAGCACCAGAACGGCCAGCAGGCCAUGUCCCUCGCCAUCCUGAGGGUCAUCCGCCUGGUGAGGGUCUUCCGCAUCUUCAAGCUUUCCCGACACUCCAAAGGCCUCCAGAUCCUGGGCCAGACCCUGAAAGCUAGCAUGCGCGAGCUGGGGCUGCUAAUCUUCUUCCUCUUCAUCGGGGUGAUCCUCUUCUCCAGCGCCGUCUUCUUCGCGGAGGCGGACGAGCCCGAGUCGCACUUCUCCAGCAUCCCGGACGCCUUCUGGUGGGCGGUGGUCACCAUGACGACGGUGGGCUACGGGGACAUGCGGCCGGUGACCGUCGGGGGGAAGAUCGUGGGCUCUUUGUGCGCCAUCGCGGGGGUUCUGACCAUCGCUCUGCCCGUGCCCGUCAUCGUCUCCAACUUCAACUACUUCUACCACCGGGAGACGGACCAGGACCAGUCCUCGCUCAAGGACGACUCCAAUGGCGAGCAGGCGGCGCCCGAGGACAAGCGCAAGGCCAGCCGGGCGUCCGGCAAGUCGCAGGAGGCGGAGCCUAACGAGGCGGGCGUCGCCGCGGCGACGGCGGCCGGGGCGGGGGCGGGGGAGAAGGCCAACAUCAAGGCCAACAGCAGCCUGGACUUCAAGAAAUCCCUUUACGCUUUCUGCCUGGAUACCCGGGAGACGGACCUGUAG